CAGCGAAUGGUCUGGUGGAACGUUUCCAUCGACAACUGAAAAGCUCGCUUAUGGCACAAGCUGACUCAUCUAAGUGGAGUGAACACCUACCAUUAGUUCUUCUCAGUAUCCGAUCAACUGUAAAAGAAGAUUUGGGAUGUACACCAGCUCAACUUGUGUAUGGUACUACCCUCACAUUGCCUGGUCAGUUAGUUCCGUCUAAUGAUUCAACUGAAGUAAAUAUCUCCGACUUCACCAACCGCCUUACCCAGCAUAUGCUUCAGCUUCGACCAGUAGCCCCUCGCCAAUCACUUCAGAAAGCUCAAGUAAAUAAGAAUCUACUCACUAGCAAAUUUGUAUUUGUUCGCGUCGAUGCCAUUAGAAAAGGUUUACAGCAUCCAUAUGAAGGUCCUUUUCUAGUACUUAAACGCACCGAUAAAUACUUCACGCUGAACAAACAUGGUAAACCGGAGACUGUUUCUAUCGACCGUCUUAAACCAGCGUACACCGACAGCGAAUAUGAAACACUAGCAACGCCGACACCAAUGAACAAUCAGAAAGUCAAUUCAACUCCAACUCUCCCGCUCUUCACACUUCCCCCUGUACAGACACGCAGUGGGCGGCAGAUCUGUAAACCUGCCCGCUAUGUUCAUUUCAUUGACUGACAUAAACGUUAACCUCAUUUAGACAUUCUUCUCAUUACUAUUGUUGUCGAGAUUCAUUCCAUUAUAACCAUUAAUAUUUAUUAGUAUUAUUAUUUGCUGUUCGUUAACUGUACUGCAAGCACACGCAUUCACCAAGUAUAUGUAUAUAUCUAUUUAUAUAUGAAUUUCAC